ACUGAUAAAAUCCAGUAUAAAAACACCACGGAGGAUCCACCAAAAGUCAGACAAUCUUCUGCUUCAUUCCAGCAAACAUCCAGCUCUACAAACAAACCCCCCCCAAAAACAUCCAUCAUGAAAUUGUUGAUUGUUGUUGCUCUCUUCGCUGCGGCUUCCGCCAACGUCUUGCAAAAUCCUUGGCCUUUUACUGUUGUUACUCGCGGUACCAAAGCCGAUGCUGAAGUUAAGCCCGUCGCCAUUCUAAGAUCGAACAACGAUCUUAAAGAGGACGGAAGCUGGAGGCACAGCUUUGCCAGUGAGGAUGGAAUUCAGGUAGAAGCCAGCGGGUUCCAGAAGAGACUCGGACCGAAACCCGAGGACGUUGGAGCCGUUUCUCGUGGAUCUUAUUCUUACGUCACUCCCGAAGGUGUUGUGCUCACCGUUAACUGGACGGCCGAUGAGAACGGCUUCCAGGCUAAAGGUGAUCAUUUGCCCGUUGCCCCACCGAUGCCCGAACACGUUGUGAAGAUGCUGGCCGACCUGAGAGCUGCUGGCCGUCUUUAAACUUCAUUUAUUAAUGGACAUCCAUCGUUAGGACAACUGCUGCCAUCGACAAUUUCAAAAGCCUGCCAAACCCUUAGAUUUCGAAAAACAAUUGUACACAACAUGUACCAUAUAACGUUGGAAUCAAUAAAGAAUCCAACUGCUUUUCUAUAGA